AUGGAGCAGAAUCAUCGUCUUGCUCAUGCUUCCGGGGAGCCGUUCGCUCAUCCGGACCAGUAUCGUCGUUUGGUCGGUCGUUUGGUUUACUUGUCGGCCACUCGACCGGAGUUGAGUUACUCAGUGCAUGUUUUGGCUCAGUUUUUGAGUGUUCCUCAGGUUUCUCAUUGGGAUGCGGCCAUUCGUGUCUUGCGCUAUCUUAAGGGUAGUCUGGGACAAGUUAUUUUAUUGAGACCUACGACGGAUUUACGCUUGACGGCGUUUUGUGAUAGUGAUUGGGCGGCGUGCCCGUUUAAUCGGCGUUCCUUGUCAGGUUAUUUUGUUUUCUUAGGUCGUUCCCCUGUUUCUUGGAAGAUUAAGAAACAGCCUACUGUCGCCACAUCCUCGUCAGAAGUCGAGUACAGGUCUAUGGCUCUUACUUCUCGUGAUUUGAAAUGGUUGAAAAUGUUAUUAUUUGUUCUUGGCGUUAAGCAUUCAAAGCCUAUGCAGUUGUUUUGUGAUAAUCAGUCGGCUUUGCAUAUCGCUAAGAAUCCGGUGUUUCAUGAACGUAUGAAACAUAUAGAGGUAGACUGUCAUUUUGUUCGUGAUGAGUUGGUAAACGGUAAUAUUUCUACCUCAUAUGUGUUGAUGGGUCACCAGUUAGCAGAUAUUCUCACCAAGGCUCUUGGACGUCAACAUUUUGAUUUUCUAUUAUGCAAGUUGGGCAUUCGUAACUUACAUGCUCCAACUUGA